AUAAAAAUUGUUAAACAUUCUUUUAAGUAAAAAAUAGCUUAUAAGUUAUUUUGAUCAAAUUAAAAGCUAAUCCAAACACCCACUAACUAAAAAAUAACAAGAGAGUAGUUUUGACUUGCAAACCUGCGGGUCGGGUCAUCUGAUUAGAGUCGGGUGGAAGUGUUUCUUCCGGAUCAUCCAAUUAGCACGGGUCUUUAGGGCUUAUAUGAUAUGAUUAAUACCAAAUUCAGAGAAUUUGAAACGCCCAUUUGAUUUCGAUCUUCUUUUGUGAACACUCUGUGCUUCUUCAGACGGAAAAAAUGGCGGGUGGGGGAGACCAUUCUCACGGUGGGGACUUCAGGACUAAGGUGUGGAGUAUGAGUGGUGGGCCUUACUGUAGGCCCGUUCAUUGGAAGCGCAAUACCGCUAUUGCCCUUGCCGGAAUUGUACUCGUCUGUAUUCCUGUCGCCUUGAAAUCUGCCGAGCUCGAGCAAAGGCCACAUCUUCCAGUCCGUCCCAUUCCUUCUCAGCUCUGGUGCAAGAAUUUUGGAACAAAAGAUUACUAGGCUUGUUAGUAAAGCAACAAUAGUAGCUUGCUAUGCAGAAGAUGAUCGCCUUUUCCUGUAUUUGGAUUCUGAAUUGCGUUUUAUGGUUACUUUUAUUUGAACCAGUGUGGCAUUAUAAUGUUCCAUUUAAAUAAACAUGACAUUUACUGCAUGCUUUUUCACAAAGAUCAAAGCCUGACGGAGCAAAUUUUCUUAUGGGUUUCUGUUUUUUCCUUGUUUCUUCUGUAUAUCAAGAGACUGAAAUGAAAUAGUUGGUCUUGGGUUAUUGCGUA